UCCUUGAUGCUAAACCUGGCUCAAGGCCGUCAUGGGUUUGGCAAGGAAUCUUAUAAGGACGAGAUCUACUUAAACGUGGCCUUAGGUGGCAAGUUGGAUCUGGAGCUUCUAUUCAAGUCUUAGAAGAUUGUUGGUUGCCGACAUCUCCCCCAUCAAGACCUUCCCUUCAGCCUCUCAACUCAGAAGUUCCACGGACUGUGAAUGAAUUAAUCUGCAGUGAAACUCGAACUUUGAAAAAGGAGAUAAUCUGUAGACUGUUCACUUGAGAGUCAGCCAAGGCCAUUCUUGGGAUCCCGCUUCCUUUACAUUUGACCGAGGAUCAUCUAAUAUGGCAUUAUUCGAAGUUAGGGGAAUAUUCGGUAAAAUCGGAUAUCAUGUUUUAACUAAUGAGCUUAACUUACGACAUCCCCCAGCUACUUUACCUUUUGACUGCAGGUUCUGGAAAGUAAUGUGGAACCUCCCGACUCCACCUAAGUUGAAGAUCUUCUUUUGGUGUCUUGUCUCUGGUUUCCUCUCAUUGCAAACAGUGUUGUUUGACAAGAAGCUUGUGCCAAAUAUGGUCUGCACGGUUUGUUCAGAUGGCCUGGAAUCAUUCUCACACUGCUUCUUCCAGUGCAUAAUAGCGAAGGGACUGUGGCAGCUAGCUGGACGAGAUGGCAUAAGAGGCCGACUGGAGACUCUUGAUCCGACCGAUGCUUGGAAAUCUUUGUUCUUCUCUUUACAUCUAUCUAAAGUGCAGAUUGUCGAGAUCGUCUUCUUGUGUUGGCGAGUAUGGAAAGGAAGGUGUUGGGAUGUCCAUGGGGAAUCCAAUACCUUUCUCCUGCUCUAUGUCGUCAAUUCCACUCACAAAUGGAGGAGUGGCGGGAUGCUACACAAGCUCAAGCACAACCACCCUUUACCGAUCACCCUACGUCUGCUGCCACAAGGGUGAUGGCUCGCCCAUCGUUGGGUGGAACUCUCCAUUCCACAUCAGCUAGAAUGCCCUCGUCUCCAUAUGCUAUUGUCACUGUACGGUUUGACGGAUCAAUCAAAAAAGACCAGGGAGUUAGAACUGGCUUCGUGGGAUUUGACCAUUCGGGUGCUAUCCUUUUCGGGUUCGGUAAGUACUAUGACGGAAUUCAAGAUCCUUUUAUUAUGGAAUUAUUGGCCUUGCGUGAUGCUAUGAACUGGUGUCUAACCCGAAAUUUUCUUUCUGUCAAAUUUUGUGGGGAUUCCCAAUUGGUUGUUCGGCGUCUGCUGGCGGGUGAUACAUUGCACGACUUGGGAGGAGCCAUCAUGGAUGACAUUCAAUGCUUAGUCGUGAACUGUGAUUUAUGUUCUUGUUUAUUUGCUCCUCGGCAUUUUAAUAGAGUUGCUCAUCUUGUGGCUAAACAAGCUCUGCCAUUGGAAGUUCGGCUAUUGGUCGACUUCCGCCCUUGGUUGGACUCUGAUCUCUGACUUUGUGAUUGGACUUUUGUUCGAUUUGUCUAUGUUAAAAAUAAACAAAUAAAUAAAUAAAAUAACU